AUGUGCUAUAUAUUUAAUGAAAGAGGACAAGUAGAUCUGGUAGAUUUUCAGUCAGUUCCUGAUGGAAAAUUCAAAUGGAUACUGAAUUACCAAGAUCAUAGUACUAAAUUCUUAUCUUUACGUUCUCUCGAGUCUAAACGCGCAUCUGAAGUAGCUAAUAAUUUAUUAUCAAUUUUUCUUACGUUUGGCGCACCAAAAAUACUGCAGAACGAUAACGGUAGGGAAUUUGUUAAUUCUAUUAUUAUUGAAUUGAAAGAACUUUGGCCAGAUUGCGUUAUUGUUCACGGUCGACCUAGACACCCGCAGAGCCAGGAAAGUAUUGAGAGAAGCAACCAGGACAUAGAAAAUAUGUUAAGAGCUUGGAUGAAAGAUAAUAAAACAAAGAAAUGGUCAAUUGAACUACAAUUUGUUCAAUUUCAAAAAAAUAGUUCUCAUCAUCGUGUGAUUGAAGACUUAGAAGAAAUCUACAAAGAAGAUAUUCAAAGUGAGAUCGAAAAAAUAACUGUUCAAUGUAAUAUUUGCGGAACAGAAUUUCGUAUGGAAACGGACUCCGCCGAAGCAAUUUUAUGUAAUUUAUGUGAGAAGAAUAUGAAAAUUAAGGAAGCACGUCAUCUAGGAGCUAUAGGAAUAGAAAAGCAAGCCGAAAAAAUGUUACAAGAUAGUAAGAUCAAAAUACCAACAUUUAAAGUUGGAGACUGUAUUGUAAUCUCGGUUCCGAAGGUAGAUAGAGGUCCUACAGAUCCUGCUAACAUUAUUGGCGUUGUUCGCGCAAGUUAUCGAGUGCGAUAA